AUGCAAGCUACUGUAGAUUACAAGGUUCUGGAUCAAGUCGAAGCUAUCAACUUGCCUAAUCUUGAUUGUUUGAGUGAGGGUGACGAAGUCGAGGCCAAUAAAGACGAGAAGAACACUGGUUCCCCAAAGAGGCGUGUGACGCUUUCGGAUCUACAUAAUUUUAUUGACGGUAUAACUCCAGCACUAGGCUUGCCAUCGACACAAAAUAUGCCACCGGGCUCUGAUUUGGUCCCAGAUUUCAUGGAUGCUGGCUUUGGUAAGGAUAUCGAGCCUUUGCUCAGGAACCACAUAUCAACUGUUGAGGCUUCACCGACCCAAUCGACAGCAUCUCUCUGGGACGAAACGUACCAUACCCAGGCUAGCCUCCUUCGCUCAAUCACCUUGGUCAUGUCCACAGAGCCAGGUAAGUUAGCGCUAGCGUCGCCCCACCCCAACGCUGAAGACUUCACUGUACUUGAACAGGAGCGCAACGAUUCUGGCUUCGAAGAUUUUGGCGUUGACGGCUCCGAUACAGACAAAUUUGACACGGCUGAAGAAUAG